CCGCCUGGGUCAGUGUCAGGAUCAGGCAGCUUCAAAAUGUGCAGCUCCGUGUGCCUGGCGGCUCUGGUCGUCCUGGGGGCGGCUGUGUGUGCAGCACAGCCUCGAGGCCGGAUCCUGGGUGGGCAGGAGGCCAAGCCCCAUGAGUGGCCCUACAUGGCUUCGGUGCAGGUGAACGGCACACACGUGUGCGGCGGGGUGCUGGUCACCCAGAGCUGGGUGCUAAGCGCUGCACACUGCCUGGACGGAGUGUCGGAGAACGAGACGCUGCAGGUACUCCUGGGUGCACACUCCCUGUCGCAGCCCGAGCCCUCCAAACGCCUGUACGACGUGCUGCGCGCAGUGCCCCACCCGGACAGCAGGCCCCACGGCCUUGAGCAUGACCUGCUGCUGCUGCAGCUUUCCCAGAAUGCCUCGCUGGGUCCUGCUGUGCAACCCCUGCCUUUGCAGCACCAGGACCACGACCUGGCUCCCGGCACGCUCUGUGACGUGGCCGGCUGGGGCGUGGUCAGCCAUGCGGGCCGGAAGCCCGAUCGUCUGCAGCACCUGCGCCUACCAAUCUUGGACCGCGACACCUGCAACCGGCGCAUCUACCACGAUGGCGCCAUCACCCAGCGCAUGAUGUGUGCAGAGAGCAACCGCAGGGACAGCUGCAGGGGAGACUCCGGAGGCCCGCUAGUGUGCGGGGGCGUGGUCGAGGGCGUAGUCGCCUGGGGCUCCCGUGUCUGUGGCAACCGCAAGAAGCCGGGCGUCUACACGCGCGUGGCGUCCUAUGUGUCUUGGUUGAACAGAGUCCUGGAGAAUGCUACGGCCUGAUGGGACGGCGGGCUGGAGACGCCGUACAAUAAAUGCAUGCACCCGC